CGUUCGGACCUGCUAUCUUUACAAUACGUAUACUACGACUAUACUGUGUGUAUAGACUUGCAGGAGCUAGAAGACUGGGUAGUUCUCCUAGGCUCCUGUAUCGGAUACCUACCAGGUAAGUAAGAGGUAGUUAUCACAGCUGACCCCCUGUUAACCCAACCGAACAAUGGAUCACGCGGGGGGGCGCCUUCUUAUGCACGAUCAGCCAAGAGCAGAGUAUCUGCAUUGCAAGUCGUAGGCUUUCAACUUAUAUUAAAGUCUGGACAACUAACUAACUUUCUCUUCGUCAUAUUUUCGUAUAUGUUUCGAAAAAAAAGUAACUACGAAUCAUACCAAUGACACAGUCCAAGGGGCAUCUUUUCGUUGGCGGGAAAGUAUUCCUACACGCCAAGACUCCGGGGCUCGAGACAAAGCCUCGAUUUGGAGAUGCAUUUUACAUACGCGACGGGUUCAUUAAGCAUGUUGGUUUUGAGGAUGAUGAAGCUAUCUCCCGGCUCCUAGCCGCCGGUGCUGAGAUACACAAUCUUAACGGCCGGACCGUUCUGCCUGGCUUUAUUGAUGGCCACAUCCACUUGCUAAGAUUAGGACAAUCCUUAAGCAAAGUUGGACUGGACCACUGCGAGAACCUCGACGAUAUUCGCAAGGCCAUCAAGGACUAUGCCGUUGAAAACCCUAAUGAGCCGCGUAUUCUCUGCAAGGGGUGGAUGAGAUACAUGUCAAAGCCCCUAGCGAGUCUAGUCGAUGAUUUGGAUCCUCGGCCUAUCUAUGUUGACUCUAAGGACCUUCAUACCACUUGGUGUAGUACUUCUGCACUCAAGGAAAUUGAUGCAAAGAACCUAGCAGACCCAGGAGGGGGUAAAAUAGAACGUGAUUCAGAUGGGAAUCCUACGGGAGCUUUCGAAGAAGCUGCCGUCUUCACUAUCAUUUGGCCUUUCCUCGCCCAGGUCGCCACAGAAAAGGAUCGCGAGGAAUGGAUCCGGGCUGCAGUACAGACGUAUAAUAAGUCUGGUUAUACCGGAGCGAUAGACAUGGCAAUGGAAGAACAGACAUGGGCCACUCUCCUCAACAUCCAGCAAGAACAACAAGGACAGUCACUACCGUUUAGACUUGCGGCAUACUGGCUUAUGACGCCUUCUAGCUCGGAAGCUGACUGCCUUUCUCAAGUCGAUCGCGCUAUCGAGGCGCAUAAGCAACUUAGCGCUGAGGAAUCACCGGACCUCCAUGUCGUCGGUAUUAAGCUUAUAUGCGACGGUAUCAUUGACGCCUGUACUGCCCAUCUGUCGGAGCCUUAUCUGAAAGGAGCUGACGCCGUGAAGCACACUACUGGUGAACCAUUCUGGAACCCUGAGAUACUCAAUGCAGUCGUGCGCAAAGCCGAUGCCGCAGGUUUACAAGUUGCGCUUCAUGCCAUUGGAGACGCUGCCAUUACCAAGGCUGUCGACGCUCUGUCUAACUGCUCUCCGAGGAAUCGCCAUCGUAUGGAACAUAUUGAGCUCGCAUCUGCCAGAGACGCCAAGCGUCUCGGCGAAUUCGAGAUUACCGCCUCCAUUCAACCCGUCCAUGCUGACCCAUGGAUUCUCCGUGCGUGGCCUGAUCUCCUAGGCCACCGCUGCGAGCGUGCUUUUCCCUACCGGGAGUUUUCAGACGCGGGUGCGCCGCUCGCUCUCGGCAGCGACAGCCCGACGUCGCCUUGGGACGUCAUGGGCAACGUGUACGUCGCGAGCACGAGGAAGUCCUACAGGAACACGCGGUACGAGAACGUCGUCAGCUACAACUUCCGCCUCGGCGUGUGCGAGUCGUUGGUAGCGGCGAGUUAUGGGUCAGCUAGGAGUGUGUUCUGGGAUAAGCGGCUAGGUAGCCUAGAGCCGGGCAAGGUCGCGGACUUUACGAUAUGGGAUAUGGAGUGGGGUAAAUACAAGCUUCUUGGUGCUAAGGUAGAGGAGACAUGGUUUAAUGGCGAAAAGGUUUGGGGUGUAGAGGAAGAUAAAGAAGUCUGAUUUAGCCUGGAAGCUCGAUUCUUAGAAUUGAUGGAUGCUUGACCAGCUUAGCUCGCGAUCCCUUG